CUGUUAUGUUCACUUGUCACAGUUUAAGAAAACGGAACCCUGACAGGGACUAUCACUUAUAGGCUAUUGUCGCACAACAAACAUCUUAAACUGCCUCAUCUUCUCAAACUCUACCUAAGCCAUGGCUUCCAGAGGGAAUAGGUCAUUCGGCCGUACGUCUCUCGCCUGCAAAAUAUGUCGGCAGCGUAAAGUGAAAUGCUCAGGGGAUUGGCCUUCAUGCCAGGCUUGUACUCGAAGACUAGAAGGCUGCCAAUAUGCAGGUGUUCCGUCAGAACCUCACCCAGCUCUAACUCCACACCAUGAAAGCAUGCCAGAUCUACCUCCUUCAGCCAUACUUAAGGAAGCAAUCCAUGUCUUUUUCGACAUAUAUGGUGACUUUCCCUUCUGGUUCUUUCGCAAACACACGUUCAUUGAAGAAUUACAAGAUGACGCUGUUCCACGCUGUCUCCUGCUCUGUGUGCUAAGCCUCGUGGCACGUAUCGUUGAACCAUGCUAUCGAAUGUAUGGCGGGACGAUCGAAGCCAGCGAACAUUUUGCGUCCUGCGCCCGCAAAGAGAUGUCAGCUAUGUACGACGACAUAACUCUCACUAACGUCCACUGUAAUUUGAUCAUGAGUCUGUACGAGCUAGGCCAUGGAAACGAACAGCGAGCGUGGCUGCUGUUGGGCAUUGCAGCUAGGCUGUGUCAGUCUCUGGGUCUUUUGUACGAAACUUUCGACGACGAUGAUGAUGACGCCACUGUCGAAACCAAGCGAAGAACUUUCUGGUCCUGGUUUUGUCUGGAGAGAUUGCUGGCGAAUGGCAGAGACCGUCCGCUGCUUUUGUCAGAACCCCGGGUGACGACAUUUCUUCCAUCGUCUCAUGCUGACUUUAUUGUCGGCCGUGCCAAUUGCAUGCCGAGUCUGGGCAGCUUUUCUACCCCUCUUGACAGCCUCCCUGCCAUUUUGGUUCGAAUUAUCGAUAUACUAAGCCGCAUCACAGCAUGGGGAGGAGCUGGUGUCGGUGGCCGACAUGAGGACCCUCGCUCGCCGUGGCUCGAGGAUAUGCCCUUCUCGCGGCUGCAAACGGAGUUGCAAAACUGGCACAGCUCCUUGCCUUCAUACAUGACUUUCACUGAAGUUAACAUCAAAUCGCAUGACGCUGGUGGUGAGGGCAAAAUCUUUGGAUUGAUGCACCUUGUCUAUUUCACAGCUGGCACUCGUCUCCACCGAAAAUACCUUCCAUUCAUCCCGCCAGCAUUGUACGACCCAGCCGAGGGACCAUGUGACGGUCCUGGAUUGAUUUCGGAUCCGGAACAAUCCGACUUUUGGGCCAAGUCAACGAGGCAAGGGAUUGUUUUCGCUAACCAACUCACAAAUGCAUUCGUGAAGCUGGAGGAGCAUCACGUCGAUCCUUGUGCCAUCCCGUUUUCGGCCCUUCUAUUGUUUUCAGCCAGUUCCUUUCACGUCGUCUGUGCCCACACCAAGUGGGAGAGCUGUAAAGAGUUUGUUGGGGAGCCCGCCAAGGAUCUACUAGCUCGUAAUCUGCAAUAUCUGGUCAAGAUGCAAGAGACGUGGCCAGUUGCCGCAUUCUGGAUCAAAUCCCUAAGGCUUUUUUAUGAGAGGGUCAGCCUCGCCCAAAACAUUAUCCCCGAUCAGCCAGCACACAAUCGACCACCUUACUUUUCUGUCAAAGAGGCGAUGCUUCAUUACAAUCGCUCAGAUCGGGAAAAAGAAGGACUUCCAGCUCAUAUACCGCUUCCAGGGCACGAUCUAUUUGAAUUGCUUGAUCGGGAGCUCCAAACAUUGUAAUAUGGCACGGUCUAACCGUUGUCCACUGUGCCAUAUGAGACGGGAAAUUUUCAUAGGUACAAGAAGCAUGCUACGCUGGUGGACAGUUGCACUAAAAUUCAC